UUCCGGCGGACAUUUUAAUAGACGAACCAAACAGACCACACGUACUUUUCUGACUUAACUCUGUAGCUGUAGUGUUUUGUUCUAUUCACUUUCUCUGUAAUUAAUACAUGUUCGUUCCGAACCUAGCGAACAGGUCUGAGAGGACGGAGGGGCUAAAACCGCUGAGAGGCUAAGCUAAGCUAACGAGGGUCAGGGUCAGCAUGCUCUUGGUGGACCCUGGUCUGUACAUUGGCACCGCAGCUGAUCUAAACGACAGGCAGGUGCUGGCCGAUGCAGAUGUCACUCAUAUUCUGUCUGUGGACUCUGUCGACCCCGCCCCCCUGCUUCCUGCUGACGGUGGCUUUCGCAGGAAGUGGGUCAAUGUUUUGGAUGAGGUGACCUCUGAUCUGCUGAGUCACAUGGACGAAUGCUUCCUGUUCAUUCAGGAGGCUGUAGAUGGAGGCCGGGCUGCAAUCGUUCACUGUCAGGCUGGUCGUAGUCGCAGUGCCACUAUUGUGACUGCUUAUCUAAUGAAGAGAUACCAGCUGAGCUUCAGUGAGGCUUAUCACAGACUGAGGAGUGUCAAACAGGACGUACAGGUCAACAGUGGUUUUGAGGAGCAGUUGUGUUUGUAUGAGGCCCUGCACUGUGAAGUGGACACCUCCAGUCCUCUGUACAAACAAUACAGACUGACCAAGAUCACUGAGAAGUACCCUGAGUUGCAGCAGGUUCCCAGGGAGCUGUUUGCAGUUGACCCCGCCCACUCCACCUCCUCUGACGUGUCCUAUCGCUGCAGGAAAUGCAGACGAACUCUGUUCCGUGCCUCCAGUAUCCUCAGUCACCCAGUAGGAGAUGGAGCAUCAGCUUUUGGUCACAAGAAGUUCAGUAACCUGACUGGAGAUGUCCAGUGUACGUCUUACUUCAUUGAACCAGUGCAGUGGAUGGAACAAGCUUUACUUGGUGUGAUGGAUGGACAGCUGCUGUGUCCUAAGUGCAGCUCUAAGCUGGGCUCCUUCAGCUGGUGUGGGGAUCAGUGCUCGUGUGGUCGCUGGGUCACUCCUGCCUUCCAGCUGCACCGCAACAGAGUGGACGAGAUCCGACAACUCAACAUACAGAAAUAGCACGGGCCUCAGUCAGCCCUCUGAAAGACUGUCACUUUCCCAAGACUCACACUGGUCCUGAAUACAAGUACACACACACACACACACACACACACACACACAACAAGUGACAGUCUCUGCAGGCAGAAAAAGAGAAAACACAGUCAGACAAGUUACAGUAUUCCAGUUAAUGAAUGAUAAAAGAACUGAUCAACUUAAAGAAGUGAAUUUUUGUACCUGCAUUUUUCUUAAUUAGAAUCAGAAUGUGUCUGACAGUAAACACACAUGUUGUAAAUAAAAACACUGUAAAUACCAAAAGACAAA